UUUAAUAUUAUAUUAUAUUAAUUCUAACUCAAAAGCACACAUAAAAAGAGAAAGAGUCACAAAAUUUCUAACACAACACAGUUCAAGAAACCAAAACUGAACCUAGUGUUAGAAACAAACUGCAGUUUUCUUGCUCAGUUUUUUUUUCCGCUCACCCUAUAAAUCUCUCUAAGCACAUUGUUUCUUCAAGCUAAGUAGGAUUUGGAAGGUGGAACAAAAAAUUAAGUUGCAAAGUUGGAAGUGAUUAUGGCUGAUAUAAAGCCUGAGGAGAUAAGCCAUUCACCAAUGGAUCAACUUCAAGGGUUAGAGUAUUGUAUAGAUUCAAAUCCAUCUUGGGUGGAGACAAUAGUUCUUGGUUUUCAGCAUUAUAUUCUGGCCUUAGGAACUGCAGUUAUGAUUCCUUCAUUUCUUGUGCCAUCCAUGGGUGGAAAUGAUGAUGAUAAAGUAAGGGUGGUACAAACUUUACUUUUUGUUGAAGGAAUUAAUACACUUGUGCAAACACUGUUUGGGACAAGAUUACCAACAGUUAUUGGUGGAUCAUAUGCGUUCAUGGUCCCCAUUGUAUCCAUUAUUCGUGACCCUUCUUUAGCAAUGAUAGAGGACCCACAAUUGAGAUUUCUUAGCACAAUGAGAGCAGUUCAAGGAGCACUAAUUGUAGCAUCAAGUAUACAGAUUAUUUUGGGAUUUAGUCAAAUUUGGGCUAUUUGUUCUAGAUUCUUCAGCCCACUUGGAAUGGUUCCUGUAAUUACAUUAGUUGGUUUUGGAUUAUUUGACAGAGGCUUUCCUGUGGUGGGGACUUGUGUUGAAAUUGGAAUUCCUAUGUUAAUCUUGUUUAUAAUCUUCUCCCAGUACUUGAAAAACUUUCAGACAAGACAUGUACCGAUACUAGAGAGAUUUGCGCUGCUUAUAUCGACCACGGUGAUAUGGGCAUAUGCACAUCUAUUGACAGCGAGUGGAGCAUACAAACACCGGCCGGAUUUAACGCAACAUAAUUGCAGGACGGAUAGGGCUAAUCUCAUUUCUUCUGCUCCUUGGAUAAAGAUUCCAUACCCUCUUGAGUGGGGUGCUCCUACAUUUGAUGCUGGCCAUUCUUUUGGAAUGAUGGCUGCUGUUUUAGUCUCAUUAAUCGAGUCAACUGGAGCAUUCAAGGCCGCAUCGCGUCUAGCGAGUGCCACGCCACCUCCUGCUCAUGUCCUGAGCCGCGGUAUUGGUUGGCAGGGAAUUGGAAUCUUGUUGAACGGUCUAUUCGGAACACUGACUGGUUCAACGGUUUCUGUAGAGAAUGUAGGGCUUCUAGGAAGCAACCGUGUCGGAAGCCGAAGAGUCAUUCAAGUUUCAGCUGGCUUUAUGAUAUUCUUCUCAAUGUUAGGUAAAUUCGGAGCGUUAUUUGCAUCAAUACCAUUCCCUAUUUUUGCUGCAAUAUACUGCGUUUUGUUUGGUCUUGUUGCUUCUGUAGGCCUAUCAUUUUUGCAAUUCACCAACAUGAAUUCAAUGAGGAACCUAUUUAUCGUCGGCGUAUCCCUUUUCUUAGGCUUGUCUAUUCCUGAAUAUUUCAGAGAAUUCACUAUCAGAGCCCUUCAUGGUCCUGCUCAUACCAAAGCUGGAUGGUUCAAUGACUUCCUGAAUACCAUCUUCUAUUCUUCACCAACUGUUGCAUUAAUAAUUGCUGUAUUCUUGGACAACACUCUUGACUAUAAGGACAGUGCCAAAGAUAGAGGAAUGCCAUGGUGGGCUAAGUUUAGAACAUUUAAAGCAGAUAGUAGGAAUGAAGAGUUCUACUCUCUUCCAUUCAAUCUCAACCGUUUCUUCCCUCCCUCAUAAGAAAAUUGUGUAAUAGAUGUUAGAGAAAUAUCAUGUAUUAUAUGAUGAUUGGUUUGAGAGUGAAAUUUGAUUAUUUUCAUGUAAUAACAGAACAAAAGGUCAUUUUGUUCUUUUACUUUCAAACAUAUUAGUAUUAUUUUUUCAUUCA